UUCUGACUGACACCAACCGCCCAAAUUGAUUCAUCCGCCAAUAGACUAUGUGAAGCUCCCGCCUCCCCUCUGUUGCCCUCCCACCAGUCACAUGGAGGUGAACGGUGACCCGCUCUCGCUCUCUUCGGCUGCUUUGGGUGCUAGUCACUCUUGGACCGUGCUCCCUCAACACACGGCGAGAGAAAAUACAACUGAGCUUUAACUACAUUUCAGGUGGAAACUGGCUGCCAAACGACGCGUUGUUGUCGAAGUGGCUAUAUUUAGACUGACGGAGCAUGUAGCGAUGAGUGUUCGGAACUUGACGCCGACAGAGAGCGCGAGUCGUGCCGCACUGUGCUGAGAGAGGAGCCGCCUCUUUACCCUGCCAAACAUGAAGUCCAGACGAGAUAAACUCAAGAUCCCUUCUUUGACUUUGGAUUUGUCACCCACUUGUCAAAGCCCCACACUCCUGAGUCCGUGCAGCCCAUGCAGCCCUUGCAGCCCCUUGCAAACACUUCAUCCCUGGAGCUGUCGCAGCAAUAACAGGAAGAGCCUCUGUGUCGGAACACCAUCACCCACUUUGUCCAGACCUCUCUCCCCUCUCUCUGUCCAUACAGCCGCAAGCAGCCCACUGGACAGCCCUCGAAAUGUGUCGACUGGUGCCUGCCUCAACUUUCCGUUUGCCCGAAGUCACUUGGCUCGUGCGGACAGAGCUGAGGGUCGUAGAUGGUCUCUGGCAUCCCUCCCUUCGUCAGGCUAUGGAACCAACCCGCCAAGCUCAACCGUUUCAUCUUCAUCAUCGUCCCAGGAGCGGCUUCAUCAACUUCCCUACCAGCCAACCCAAGAUGAGCUGCAUUUCCUUUUCAAACACUUCCGCAGCACAGACAGUAUAACCGACGAGGAUGGCCGGCCCACGACUGUCAUGCGUCCUCGCUCCCGGAGCCUGAGCCCUGGGCGAUCAAACGUCUCCUUUGACAAUGAGAUAGUCAUGAUGAACCAUGUUUACAGAGAACGAUUUCCAAAGGCAACAGCCCAGAUGGAGGAGAGAUUGUUGGAGAUUGUUACCCUCUGUUCUCCAGACAGCUCCCUCCCGCUGGCUGACGGGGUGUUGGGUUUCAUUCAGCAUCAAUUGGUCGAGUUGGUUCGUGACUGUCUGGAGAAGUCCCAGAAAGGUCUGGUUACAUCUCGCUACUUUGCUGAACUGCAGGAGAAGUUGGAAAAGCUGCUUCAUGAGGCCUACGAGCGUUCUGAAAGCGAGGAGGUGACAGUCAUCAUUCAGCUGGUGAGGAAAAUCCUGAUCAUCAUAUCUCGCCCGGCUCGCCUCCUCGAGUGUCUGGAGUUUGAUCCAGAAGAGUUCUACCAUUUGCUUGAGGCAGCAGAAGGUCAUGCUAAAGUCGGCCAGGGAAUCAAGUCGGACAUCCCUCGAUACAUCAUCAGUCAGUUGGGUUUGACGCGAGACCCUAUAGAGGACAUGGUGCAGCUUCAACAGUACGAUUGCAGUCCUUCUGUUUCUAUCGAGCAAGAUGUGGAGAAUAAAACCCAACAGGUGGUGACCCCAACACGGCGAAAACCACUUGAGAGUGAUUUUGAGACCAUUAAGCUCAUCAGUAAUGGAGCUUAUGGGGCUGUGUAUUUGGUCCGACACAAAGAGACUCGCCAGCGGUUUGCCAUGAAAAAGAUUAAUCGGCAAAACCUUGUUUUGAGGAAUCAAAUUCAACAGGCAUUUGUGGAGAGAGACAUCUUGACUUUUGCUGAGAAUCCCUUUGUUGUGUCCAUGUUCUGUUCUUUUGAAACGAGACGCCACCUCUGCAUGGUCAUGGAGUAUGUGGAAGGUGGUGAUUGUGCCAAUUUGCUGAAGAAUAUGGGUCCACUACCUGUAGAAAUGACAAGGAUGUAUUUUGCCGAAACCGUCCUGGCCCUGGAGUACCUUCACAAUUACGGCAUAGUGCACCGAGACCUCAAACCUGACAAUUUGCUGAUUACAUCGAUGGGCCACAUUAAACUAACAGACUUUGGGCUGUCAAAAAUUGGUCUGAUGAACAUGACCACCAACCUUUAUGAGGGUCACAUGGAGAAAGAUACAAGAGAGUUCGUUGAUAAACAGGUGUGUGGCACUCCAGAGUAUAUUGCCCCAGAGGUGAUUCUCAGACAGGGAUACGGGAAGCCAGUAGACUGGUGGGCAAUGGGAAUCAUCCUCUAUGAGUUCCUGGUCGGCUGUGUUCCAUUUUUUGGCGAUACUCCAGAGGAACUUUUUGGCCAAGUUGUCAGUGAUGAUAUAAUUUGGCCUGAAGGAGACGAUGCUUUACCAAUGGAUGCUCAGGACAUGAUUACCCAUCUCCUAAGGCAAAGUCCCCUAGAAAGACUGGGAACUGGUGGGGCCUCAGAGGUCAAACAGCACGCCUUCUUCGUGGGCUUGGACUGGAAUGGACUGUUACGACAAAAAGCUGAAUUCAUUCCUCAGCUUGAUGCAGAAGAUGAUACAAGCUAUUUUGACACACGAUCCGAGCGCUAUCAUCAUUUGGCAUCUGAUGAGGAUGAGGAAACCAAUGAUGAAGAGUCUUCCCUGGAAAUCAGGCAGUUUUCCUCCUGGUCACAUCGUUUCAGCAAGGUUUACAGCAGCACAGAACAUUUGGCUACACCGUCCAAUUUGAGCUUCUCAUCUGACCGUAGUCACAGUGAGGAAAAAGAGGACCGUGUAGAUGUUGGAGGGCUUAGUCCCUCUACAGGCACAACAGAGGGUGUCCUGGAGCCGAGACUUCCUGGGCGCAUGGCCAGCCUUUGCCCUCGGGCCUCACCCAACUCCUCCCAGUCUGAGAGGAGCACCAGUCCUCUGGUGAUGAGUAGCACGCACAGCCUGGAGAUGACGCCCCGUUUUGCUGUGUCCACAGAUGAUGAGGCUGAAGUAGUUGUUUCCAAACUUCGGAGGAUCAGAAUCCGUAGCAACAGCACGGGGGCCAAACACUCGUCUCCCAAAGAGCCGGCGGGCCCACGACGAUUCGGUAACCAACUGGAGACACCGGACAGACAGAGGCUUCCCUGUGGAGGCAAAGUUCCCAAGUCUGCCUCUGUCUCGGCGCUGUCUCUCAUCAUAACCUCGGAUGACUCCCCCAGCGGCCUCCAGCCCAGUCCCAUCUCCCCACGGUCACUGUCCUCCAACCCUUCCUCUCGUGACUCCUCCCCCAGUCGGGAUCUGUCUUUCAGCCCGGGUAGCUUGAAGCCACCCAUUAUCGUUCACACUUCAGGCAAGAAGUAUGGAUUCACAGUGCAGGCCAUCCGCGUCUACAUGGGUGACAGCGACGUCUACACGGUGCAUCAUAUGGUGUCGAGCGUGGAUGAGGGCAGUCCAGCCUACCAGGCAGGCCUACGUACUGGGGACCUCAUCACUCACGUGAAUGGAGAAUCCGUCCAGGGCCUGGUUCACCCGGAGAUGAUUGAGCUAUUGUUGAAGAGUGGUAGUAAGGUGGCACUCCAAACCAUAGCCCUUGAGAACACAUCCAUCAAAGUUGGUCCAUCUCGAAAGACCAAACACAAAGGAAAGAUGGCUCGUCGCAGCAAAAGGAGCAGGAGGAGAGAUAACUAUGAUAGGAGACGCAGCAUCUUGAAGAAGUUAUCCAAGCAGAGCACAGUCAUGCACAGCAGUCGCAGCUUCUCCUCAGGUCUCCACCACUCUGUUUCAUCCAGUGAGAGUCUUCCAGGUUCCCCAACUCAUAGUCUCUCUCCGGGCCCAUCUACACCCUGCCGAAGCCCUGCUCCUGAUCAUCAGGCCUUUGAUAACUCUCCUCAGAGCACGUCUCCUUGCUCUAGUUCUCCCAGUUCCCCUGCCGCACACAUCCGACCCAGUUCUCUCCACGGUUUGGGUUCCAAGCUCAGCACACAGCGUUACACCAAGGUCGGCCGCCGGAAGUCAACCAGCAACAUCCCGCCUUCACCUCUCGCCUGCUCCUCCUCCUCUGCACAACCGCUUUCUCCUCAGCGCUCCCCCUCACCGCUGCCGGGCUUUGCCAAAACGCUUCACCCCUUCCACGGCAAAACCUUGUCACCACCGACCAUUGUGAGACACAUUGUGCGCCCCCGCAGUGCAGAACCGCCUCGAUCUCCCCUCCUCAAGAGGGUUCAAUCGGCCGAGAAGCUAUCCGGAAUCUACCACAUUGAUAAGAAGUCAUACACCCCCCGCAGGCACACCUUGGAAGUGCCCUUUUACGGUGAAGGGGAGCUACUCGUUGACUCGGAAGCAGACGGUGGCUUAGCGGGCGCCCACCUGGGGGUCGACCACUCCAGACUUUGCAGCUACCUGGGCGGCCAGAGGAUGUGGGACUCCGGGCUGGAGCGAUCAGAGCAGCUGGUGGUGAUGCGAAAGCUUAACCUCUCGGAGCGCCGUGACUCCUUUAAAAAGCAGGAGGCGGUGCAGGAGGUCAGCUUUGACGAGCCCGAGGAGAAGACUAGCUCUACGGCCGUUCAACAAACGCAAACCCAGAAACAGCCACAGCACAGGACCGCUUGCCUGUCGGAGGCUCGUUCGCAAAACAGCGAGGAGGUGGAGCUACAGGUACCCACCGUUCGGAGGUUUACACUAGUGCCCCAGAUCGCAGUGCAGGGCUCGACGGAGAGCGAAGAACAGGACGAGUGGGAGCCAUGUUCAGACGGGGAGGACGCCCAACAGGAGCUCACUGUCACGUCCACUCAGCCGCAGCAAGAAGUUGAUGUCCUUCACAUUCAGGGCCACAGUCAGAAAGAAGACUCAUCCAGUUCCACUCAUUUUGAAUCAUGUGCUGACAAGGUCCAGUGCACACAGGAGACGCCACAAAUAGCAAACAUCUCAAAGUGAGGGAGCUGAAAUAGUGGCAGAUUUUACUUGAAUUUUGUACUGUACAUAUUUGUUUUUUGUGGACCUUCUGGUCAUAUUUAUUUCUGUUGUUAAGAAUGAUGCGUUACAAGCGGAAGGGAGGGAAGUUUUCAAUGGUUGAACAGCCAAGGCUCAAUAUUUUGUAUCCAUGAAAUGUGCUUUUUGCCGAUACGACUGGAUGUUUUUUAUUUGUUUUAUUUUUAUAUGUCUAUAUUUUUAAAUAGAUGUGGUACCCCGUAGUUUGAUAACGCUGGGAGUUGUUAUUGGACCAAAAUGUACUAGAAGUCGUUUUAGAAUGUUACAAUGUAUAUUCUUUUAUAAAUAUAUACAAAGCUUUUUUUGACCUUCAACUUCCAUUAGUAACACUUAUCCAAACAUUGCAGAGUUUGAUCCACAAUGUGAAUAGCUUUUGGGUAUAGAGUACUAAAAUAAGCCCUGCGGCACAAACCAGUCGCUUUUGCUGCUUUGCUUUGACUCCCAAAGCUAAACACAACCACCACACCAGGGCCUCACUAGACUGCACAAAAUGAAUUGUAAAACUGCAUAAAAUAUUCAACCUUUUUUUUUUUCUCUCUAAACAUGUCUAAAACUAUAGGAGGAUUUUCUGCUAAAACAGGGCUAAAGAAAUCUGUUUUGAUCCACUAGCAGAAAUUACUGGGCAAAUACUGACCACAUGUGAUUGGCUGGCGACAAGUUCAGUGCGUAACCCUCCUCCUGAGCAUAGUGAGCUGGGAUAAGUUCCAGCACCCACAUGACCCUCGUGUGGAUAAGUGGUACGGAAGACGAAUGAUUAUUGACCAUGUUCUCUGCAAUGCAAUGGUCAUUUUUUUUUUCUAAAUAAAAGUACAAGGAAAAAGUGAUCUAAGCCAUAUCUUUUAAUGAAAUCAUUGCUGUUUGCUUUCCAAACAGGUAAGAUGUCCUGAUGUAUAAAUGUGUUCAAUGCAAAACGUUGUAUGUUUGACACAAACAACCUUCAACAGCCAAAUUGAAUUCCAUGUCUUCUUUGCAACCAUUAAAUAUUUGGGUCUUUUGUUCGCUGAAAACUGGUUGUUUUCCCUCUUAUGCUAAACAACAUAUGCUGAAAGUGUUACUUUUGUAUGUUUGAUCACAAGCACGCAUGAGCCACCCUUCCUGUUCCUACUUCUUUAACAGUGUAUUAAAGUUUACAUAGCAAGUUGGAAGUGCACUAAUGUAUUCAGAUAUUCAUUUUGUACUUUCAACCGAACAUGGAAGGGAAAUGGAAAUGUUGAAUUUGUUCUUGUAUUUUUAUGUUUAAAUACAUAUUUUCAUAAGGGUUGAAACAUGUUAAAGGAUGUGAGACGCACAAUAAUGACGAGUUGCACAAUCUGUUGUGAUGGAUGUUGCCUGUAAAGGGGCUCUAAUGUAACCUGUUGGUACCCAGCAUUUCAUAAUCUGUUGUGAACUUUACCCUCUGCCUCCAAGUACAUUGGUGUACUGUAGUCUAAAUGGAUUUCUGUAAAUAUUCAUCUUUUUGAGCAUACUCCACAGGACAGAUGACGCGCCAGCUUUUGGGAAAAGUUUGUUUUGUUGUAACUUUUUAAAUAUUUGCUUCCACAAACUCUUUCACUUCUACGCAAACCUUAAUUUGUGUGAGUGUGAUGGAAUUGUUUACAAAUCCGAUAUGUACUGUACAGAUCUUUACUCUGUGAUGGAACUACCCUUUUUCAUACCUUAAAUGAAAGUUACAAUAGAUGUUUUGUAAUUUUUUCCCCCCGUUUCGUUAAUCCAAACUCGACUAGAUCACUUGUGCUCUGUUUACAGCCACUUAGAGAAAGGGGUCAGUGUCAUAUUUUUCUGACGACUCAAGAUGGUUUCAGGACUAACAAGAGUCCACGGUUUUAAAGUUAUGGGAACUAGAAAAUGCAUCACUUUUGACAAAGGGCCCACAUAACUAGAGAUGGACCGAUAUGGGCUUUUCAGGACCGAUACCGAUUAUUAGUAGUUAGAGGGACUGAUAACUGAUUUUUGGAGCUGAUAUUCAUUUGCAGUAAAAGUACAAAGAUUGGCGUAUAACUUUUGAAUAAUGCAAACACUGAACGUCAUUGAAAUGCCUAAAGCAUGUUUAUUGAAUCACACAAUUAGAAAAUAAUAGCUCCAGAAAUGCCUAAAUUUCUUAGAAACAUCUCUGAAUAAAAGGUCAAAUAAAUGGCUUUCUGAAGUUUUUCCACAGAGAAGAAAUCCCUAAUGACCUUGUCUAAGUAUCCUUGAGCAAGGUAUUAAACCCCAUGUUGCCCCUGGUGCUGCAUUACAAGUAGGUAGAUGAGGAUAUAGUGUGAAGCCCUUUUUGGGCCUUAAAAAGGUGGAAAGGCGCAAUACAAAUUCAAUUUAAAUAGAUUUUUUUUUUUUUUUUUUACAUAUCGGCCGGCAGCGGGGGAUAGAGUAGCCAAAAUUUUUACUCAACAUUAGCGUUACUUCAAAAUAAUAUUACAAAAGUAAAAGUAGCCAUCCCAAAAAAUGUUCUCAAGUGCAAGUGAAAAAGUAUUUGGUGAAAAGAAUAUCAAGUAAUGAGUAAAAUCGUGAGAAACUGCUUCUAUUUUUGUUGCAAUUUUUUUUUUUUUUUAACAAUGGUAUUUUUUUUCUGAGCACAAAGUUACCUAUAUGGACUGUUGUUAUAAUGAUACUGUAUAUAACCCAUUACAUAACCACAUUUGAGUAGUGAAGAGUUCGUAAUUACUAUUUUGAAAUUAAAAGGAUCAUACCUCCGGUUUGCCGUGGUCAGUCGGUGUCAAAUAAAAACUGGGAAGACAGGUUAAAAUCUGUGCUUUCAAGUCAUGUUGAGGGCAGCGCUCUAUUUCAAAUAGUUUUUUUUUACGGUGCUUUCAAGACACCCCAUGAUUGAACAGGCUGGCAUGAAGGUAAACUGCAAGCUUGCAUCUGAUUGGUAUAAUGGAGUCGUGAUUAUUGUUGCGAUGUCUCAUUGGUGAAAUUGGUAGAGCUACCAUGGUAGGUAAUACACCAGGCACGUCUCUACUCUUGGCAUCGCUGGCAAAAAGAAUAAAUCUAAUAUGUAGAAUAAACAGGAAAAAUGUAACGACUCGUGUAGCUCAAAGUAGCGGAGUAAGAGUAGCGUUUUUUUUUUUACACAAAUCUACUCAAGUAAUAAGUAAAAAGUAUAGCUUAGUAAAACUACUCUUAGAAGUACAUUUUUCUCAAUAAGUUACUCAAGUAAAUGUAACGGAGUACAUGUAAUGCGUUACUACCCACCUCUGUCGGCCGGCCGGUCGGAUACAAAAAAGGCCGAUACGGAUAUACGUCAAAUUUUCAAAUAUCAGCGCCGAUAAUCGGUCUUUCUCUACACAUAACUACUGAUCAAAUUUAAGAAGACGAAAGCAAUACAUUUUUUAGAUUUGAAAUCAAAUUUGAGCAAGAAUAAGGAUAUAAAAUGUUAACAAUAUAAAUGCUGAAGCUACAAUUAUCAUCACUGUGGACUAUCAGCACUGGGUUGCAUACGCACUAAGGUCAAGUUGUUCAACACCAAACUCACACAAACAUGCGGUCAAAAGCACAAUCAUUCAAUAAACUCUUCAAGGUCUUCUCAAUAUGAAAAACAAGGUGUUUUGUCAUUUUCCAAUGCCACAUGAUGAAAAAUGUGUUCUCCCAAAAAUUGUUCAACGGUAAUAGCGCCAGGUACUCCAACCCAACUGUGAUGUCAUGGAAGUAGAAGGUCAGGAGCACAUUUACAGAAGCGAGGUGGCACUGUUGUUCUACAUGUGCACGUUUUCUCCUGUGGACUCUUAUGUUCAGUGCAUGCUGCAUGAAACAAGCACACAUCUGUAAUACUUGAUUGCAUGGUAUAUUGGCGGUGUCGCCCUGUACUGUGUAUUCUUGUGAAAAAUAAAAUUUGUAUUUCUCUUUGACCAAAUCUUGUGUUGAUUUCUUUGAAUCAAUCGGAAACCAUGAGUCCGAACGAACCAAAAUCACAUACUGGGUUUCUCAAGUAUGCAUUUUCAGACAACUUUUAUUUACCAUCUAUAUUCUUACAGUUAUUGAAAAUUACAACAUCUAUCAUAAAUAUGCAAAAUUGUAACACACAACACAAACCUUGAACCUCCUAAAACCGCUGAAAUGCAAAAACUGCUUUUGGCACAGUUAUAAAUGUAACACACAAUAAAACAACAGGUUUCACACACACAGUGGUUAGCACGUUUCCCCUCACAGUUCUGAGAUCAAUCACGUGCUCCGGCCUUCCUGUCUGGAGUUUGCAUGUUCUCCCCGUGCCUGCGUGGGUUU